UGGUCCCUGAAGUUACACUUGAAUCUCAAUUUAGUCCUUGAAGUUUUAAUUGUCUCAAUUUAGUCCCCAAACUUUUCAAUUGACUCUGUGACGGAAACCAUUGUAGGGACUAACGUGAUUAAAAUUUGAAAAAUUCAGGGACUAAAUUGAGACAAUUGAAACUUCAAAGACUAAAUUGAAGCUCGUGUAACUUCAGGGACCAAACUGAAUAUUUUUUCAACAAAUAAAUGAUGCUCGUAGACAUAUCAACCAUCAAGAAGAAAGAGUAUAUUGUAACUACAUCCACAGUUUUUUUUUAGCCAAAAAACAUAUUAACAUAUUAAACUUAUUGUUAAAUUUUUUUACCGAAGAUAUAGACUUAAAUCAUAACAUUUAGAUAUACAAAACAUAACUCUAGAUGUGGCUUUUAACAGCAUAACUCGUAAGCACCAUCAAAAUCAGUGUUAUAAUAGAAGAAACUUACAUGGUUACAUCUAUAAAUCCAGAUUGAGUUGUCAUCUCGUUAGAGGAAUCGUUAGACGUGCAUGAAGGAGGAAACAGAAAAGUGCCUAAAUGUUGGGUUAUGAAUGAACGGUGAUUGAUACCACCAACUAUUAGGUAGUAGUGCAUAGUUUGUUCUAUAAUUCUUAAGACACCCUUUGCCAAAGAGGUUCAUAGGGUAGGAACUAGCAGCAUGUUUCUUGAAAGCUGAAGUAGUAGACACAUUGUCGUCAUUAGGAGCAAAAGUCAAUAGCAAUAGAAUGAAAAAGCAAAUACAAUCCGUAAUCAACACCUCUCAAUUAUCCUAUUCAUCAGCCACAUUUGUGUACACUGACCACUGUUCUUGAUCCUGACAUCUUCAACAAUAAUCUAAAUCAAUCAUAGGUUGUACCUAGAAUUUUGAAGUUCAAGAUUAGUAACAGUCUGUCAUAUAACGAGUUCAUGAAUAUAUGGUAUCCUGCCGAGACCCCUCCGGCGUAGCUAUCAAGAUCCUGGCCGGUAGAGGCCAGCAGGAACUCUCCUUCGGCAUUGCCAUCAGGGAAUGAGCCUGAACUAACUAUAUUAUUUCUCAAAUCUAUCAUCAUGUACAACAAGUUCAUUGCUUUACUAUCAUUGGUGUUGUCCUAAUUCAACUUAAUCUACUAUAAAUUUGUAAUUAAGUAUCAUUAAUAACUCUACAUUCUUCCAUUGCAAUUGUGUAUCUAAAAAGUAAGAAAAGUGGAAUGCAGCCAAAAACAGGGCGGUGUGGGAUGUCGGUAUUUCAACCACAUAGUUGUUCCCUUGAAAAGUGGCAGCCCUGCCAUAACUGAAAACAAAUAUUCAAAUGUGAGCUUUAAGAAUAUACCUAUUUUCACUAUGUAUUUUAAGGUGCAAUGUUGAUAUUUGUACUGUCAUGGUGCUUAUACCGAGGUGAUUAGCACCAGGAUUUAUAAUCAUUUACCAAUAAUCAAGUCUACUUUUAUUACAAAAAGCUUACACUUCUUUUGUUGGGAUAUUUUGAAGAUGGAAUACAUAUUGACAUGAAGAGCCUGAGGCUCUCAGCAAGUGUAGCAAUGUGAGGAAGCAGAAUCCGGAGAAACUUACUGUUAGGAUCAAUUUGGCCAUGCCUUGUUCUUGUGCUGUUUUGUUUUUACCUUAGUGUUCCAUGUUGGCGGUAACAGAAGAUAAGCUUUGUGCAUUUAAUGAUUGAUAAUGGAGAAACUUUCCUUGUCUUCCAUGUGCUCUUGGACAUGUCAUUUAGAUAGUUACUUAGUUUCAUCACUCAGAUAUUUUACUAUAAAUAGGUUAAGUUCUACCUUGGUCAGCAACACCUACAUUUACUGUUUAGCUAUUUUAAGUGAAGCAGAUAUCAUCACUAUGGAUUCAAACACAUCAAGCUUUCUUUUGAACUCCUCAACUUUUCACUCAGUUUUCUACCAAGACAAACAGAGUGAUGACAUCAUUGAUCUUGGUCUUAGCCUCAAAACUGUUCAACAUGAGGCUUCUCAUUCUUCUGCCAACUUGUAUGAUGAUGAUAUUAUGGAUUGGCCUCACUCUAAUCUCAACCUGAAGAACUCAAGCAAGAACUUUGAUGAAGAGAUAGAGGGGGUCCAGAGCAAUGAGAGAUGGGCCUAUGUGAAGGUGAAUAUGGAUAGGGUUACAAUUGGUAGGAAAAUUUGCAUACUUGAUCAUGGAGGAUACUCAAGUCUAGCUAUCCAAUUAGAAGACAUGUUUGGAAGCCAAAGCCUCUCAGGUCUAAGAUUGUUCCAACCUGAUUCAGAGUACUCAUUAUUCUACAAAGACAGAGAAGAUAAUUGGAGGAGUGUAGGUGAUGUGCCAUGGAAAGAGUUUGUAGAAUGUGUGAAGAGAUUAAGGAUUGCAAAAAGGAAUGCAGGCCUUGCUUCCUGUUCAUCUGGAUACAUCUAAAUUUUGUGUCAUUCCUCAUGUUGGGUUUCUUCAGUAGAAAGAAACCAAAACUAUCUUGAUGACCUUUUCUUUUUCUUUUCUUUUUUUAGUUCCUUGAUAACUUUAUGUUUAUUUGGUGUCUGUCCACAUAGAAUGUGAUGGAAUCAGCUUCACUAGAAGCACAUGGAAUGUUAGAGAAUAGAGAGUAAAGCAAGUACUUGAUGGAAAAUUCUCAAGGUGAUUGA